UCCUUAUUCUCUGAAUUGAUGGCAAAGGAUGGGUGAAGGGAACCUUUUUUGGUAGUUUACUUAAUGUUCAGGUAUGUAUUAGGUAAGGGUGUGAGAGCAGAAAUAUUUGCUUUUAGUUAAUGAACAAAAGGGAGCGUUAAAGCUUUACUUUAGCCAAAGGAAAGAGAAAAUACUAGCCCAGCCAGAAGGACUGCAGUAAAUACCCAAGGGGCUCUCUUCCUUCAUGAACACAGCAGGUUGUCCCUGAUAGACUACUCCCUCCUCUCUUUUGGAAAGAGACAUUCUAGGGUUGAUGAAAGCAGCCUUUGUCUGUGUUGCAAGCCCUUUCCAAGCAGGGGAGUGGUUCGCCACAUGUAUCAUUGUGCUGUCUAAUGGAAAGCUGUUUCCUUAUCAUAUAUAGGAAAAGCGUCUUCACUCAAGCCGGAGAAAGCAGCUCCCUUGGUGCUGAAACCAGUAGUUUUGACGUCAUCUACUCAGGAAUUAUCCAGAAACAGUGAGAAAGCCUUCUCAAGUGCGGGGGCUGGAGCUGAUGGCAGACAAUGUCAACGACUAACAACAUAGCUCAGGCCCGGAAGCUGGUGGAGCAGCUCCGCAUCGAAGCUGGAAUCGAGCGGAUCAAGGUCUCCAAAGCAUCGUCUGAACUCAUGAAUUACUGUGAGCAGCAUGCCAGGAGCGACCCGCUGCUGGUUGGAGUGCCCGCCUCGGAGAACCCUUUUAAGGACAAAAAGCCCUGUAUCAUCCUAUAGCUUUCCUCGCUCUCCCGUGCACACUCUCUCUCAGGCAGGGCACCGCUCGGUAUCGAUUUAAACCACGUCCCAACCAUUCAACUGCACAGAGGGAUAAACGCUAACGGUCGGAUUCCAAUAGAAUUUCAAAACUCACAUUGGAAGUGUUCAGAGCGAUUUCCCCAUUGAGAAGGGAUCCCAUUUGCACACCAGCGGGGGGGCUGGCACGUGCUUCAUACCAAGCCUGGGUUCCGAGGGGCAGGGCGGAGGGGAGGAAAGGAGACUUUUACUUCAUUUGCCUAUUUGAUUCCCGGGCUCUGAGAGGAAGGCGGAGUUUGACCGUUCAGAGUAUUUGGGUGAGGGUCGGGUGCGCUUUUCAUUCAUUGAGUUUUUCAAAGCAUUUCAGUCUGCUCUGUGUCUGGGUGGGUGGGGCUGGUUUUUAUUUUUUCUAAAUGGGGAUUACCAGUGGGUGAAUUCAGCAUGAGCGGGGGGCAGGGAGAGCCAAGUGACAGCAGCACUGUUGUGUAGCCAAACCCUGCAUCCCUCCCCCCCCCUCCAUGAAAAUGUGGCCAGUGAUUCUGAAGCGUCCUCUGCUCCGCUGGUGUUUGUAACACGCUCCUCCCAGGCUGGGGCCUGUACUUGUCGAGGAACCCGUCAGCCAUGAAAACCCAAGUGACUCUCCGUAAGCGCAGCUUGGCCCCAGGCAGCGGAGCCGCGGGUGUUCCCACCCCCAGAUCCCGGGUGCGAUGUUCCACCCUGUAUGCUGUGGCCGCUGUACUUGCAAGGGUGAGUUCUGCUUGUUCUGCCACCUUCGCGGGGGAAGCGGGAUUCACCCUGUGCUGCAGGAUCCCGUGGGGCCGUGUCUACCCUGACCUCGGCGGCUCCAGGUCCAGACCACUAGCACUGGCUGCCAGUACCGGCCCUGCUCGCCUGCCCCCUCACUCACGCCCCACGGGAGUCUCUUGCCUCCAGGCCUGUCGGUUGGGGGCUGGGGAGAGGCGGCGAAGCUGCCAAGAAGUAUUAAACCCAGCCGUUCCCGUCCCUGGCAAAUACGACGUGUAACUAGUUUGUCACUUUCCGCCAUCCCGUACCUGCAAAGUGGGGAGCAAACGUGCCACAGAGCAGGCGAGGGAGGGUCAUCUGCGGCAGGAUGUCAGCGACCGCAGUGCCAGCUCCUCGCUGGAGUGACCACAGCGCCGGGCUGCUCCUUGCAGCCUGCAGGUUCUGAGCCCCCCGUGCAGCCUGAAUGGUGCUUGGGCGAAAGAUCAGAGCACAGGGAAGUCCUGCUGCCUCCCCCUUGCCGUCGGCUCUGUUACCGGGGAGGGCACCCCUCGCCCAGGUCGGACACGGCAGAGCCCUCAGCGGUCGUGUGGCACAGCCACCGCGCCACUCGCCAGCUUCCGAGGGCGCCUGUCCCCUGCCGUGACUGAUCAGCCCGGGCGAGCGCCCCACGCCCCGUGCAGAGGCAGGCGUGGCCCACCUGGCGGGGGGAGGCUGAAGUUCCUCAUUUCUGAUUUUUUAGUGAGGCGAAUACUGGCAAGCUCCAGGUGCCCGGACUAGCCGUUGUCACUUGGCUUGGAGGGCGUCCGUUUGGACGCAAUUCCUGCCACCCUGAGCCACUUCCCUGGCUCUGCCGGAAUCUGUCCCGGCCCUCCGCAGAAGCCCCGUGCUUUGCACUUUCGACUGUCCCCGCGGCCGGCCGGGGAACGCUUCCCGGAGCCAGGCCCGGCGCUGCGCAGACCCUGGGAGGGGAGAGUCGAAUUGUGCACGUAUCCUUUUCCACGACAAUGAGCAAUGGGCGAGGCCUGGAGCCCUGCACCCCCUCCCCUCCCCGGCAGCCUGGAAGGGAAAGUGAUGCUCUGGGACCCGGGACCCGCUCUCGCCGGACCCCCAGCGAGGAAUCCCCACCCCCCCGGCUUACUGGCAGUGAAAAGCGGGGGAGGGAGGGAAGCCCUUGCUUAGCCCCUCCCCCGCAGUGUGUGCUCGGCACCCGUCUGCCUGGGGAGCAACGUGCCAGCCCGGGGGCGGGGCCCAGCGCUUGGAGCCGGCCGGUAGCCGACUGCCAGGGCCGGCAUGGGGCAGGGCAGCUAUUUUGCCGCCAGCUUUUCCUUACACAAUCAUUUGCCUUUGGAAACGGGUUUGAAAAGCAACUCCCAGCUGUAGCACUCCUCCCAGGGCCGCACCGCCCGGGAGUGGCCGCAGCUUCCCAGGGACCCUGGCCUGGAAUCAGCCGGCAGACCCGUCGCUGGCUGCGUACGC